CAAUUCUUAUAUCCGUCAUGAACUCCCCGUACCUGAGCCCUUCCUCUUCAUCAGACCCUAGGACAAGAACAGACAGUAUCUUCCCUAUACAUCUACAAGACACUGGUGGUAUCAAGAAACGAAGCAACUCUCGAUCAAGUCGCCCUCGAUCCAACUCGUCUGCCAACAUUGAACGCCAUCCCGAGCUCCUGCCCGACCAGAUACAAGACCGACUCAACUUGAACAGCAACGGUUGGACUGCUACCAAACAAUCUCCUACACCUCAGCAUCAAUCGACUUCACUCAGCUCGCCAUCAGACCUUCCAGCACUUCAGCAAGCUGGUGAUACUCUUACACUACCUGGCUUCCAGUCCUUGCAAAACAGCUAUACUAGAUUUGGUUCUACCUCUCGCGAUCCCAAAGAGACUCCUCACACUACAUCAGCAGACAUGGCCUCUCUAAGUUAUCUCCCCCUCCCCACUACGGUCACAUGGCAUUCCAAGACCCAUCUUUCGACCACACUCCUCAAGGCUNACCAACAAUCCGAAUCGAACUCGCAUAUCCACCCUUCGAGCAAUUUUGGGUUCAUCUUUGGAACUUCAGCGCCUGCGCAGCAGAGCAUCUACGCGUCGGGACCUCUAGACAUGGAGCCCGCUUUCUCUGCGGCACCAAUGGAGCCUUCGCUGAACCACGUAUCCGAGCCGGCGACGUUGAACAACCUCAACAGAGCAGUCAGCCCUUUCCACCCAUCGACUUACGACAGUCUCGAAUAUCCUCUGGCCUCUACAACCAGUCGUACGAUGGCGAACAGAAGCAUAUCACACAGCCCGCUCUCUCAGCACAUGGACCCCCUGACUCCUCCUCAUACAGCAGGAUUGGACUCGAUGCAACCACAACUAGCUGGAAGUCCCGGAGCACAGACUAGCAUGGACCGCAUGCGAUCACCGAGCAUCUACGACGCUCAAUCAUACUCCUCGUCGUACGCAGCACCGGGUGUACAGGCACCUCAACCCCUUUUCUCAACUUCGCAGAGCUACAGCUAUCCCCCUCCCUCGGCGAUCAGCACACGCCAGCCAGUGUCCAGGAACAGCAGUGACUCCAAUGUGAGAGGAGUGGUAAACCAGAAACCAAAACCACAAUGCUGGGAGCAUGGUUGCAACGGCCGCGAGUUCUCUACAUUCAGCAACCUUUUGCGACACCAACGAGAAAAGUCAGGAACGGCCGCUAAAUCAUACUGCCCAAAGUGUGGAGCGGAAUUCACCCGAACGACAGCAAGAAACGGUCAUUUGGCCCAUGAGAAGUGCUCAAAGCAACGCAGAGCGUCAGAGGCCAAG